AUGAGGCUCACUCAUUUGCUCUGGGCGGCUCUGUCUGUCACCGCCGCUGCCAAUGUCCGCCGUGACGACCCACCGAACAGAAACCUCGUGAACUACAUCGAGCCCGUAAUCGGUGCUUCCGUCGACACUGCUGCUACAUAUUGCUACGACAGCUGGGGCUCGAAGUACAACCCCGGCAGCUACGCAUGCAACUACGACCGGCGCGGCAUCUACACUUGCUCUCCAUCAGGUACAUGGGUUCUGUCUGCUGACUGUGGUACUGGAAGCACCUGCAAAAUCAGCCCUGAUAAUGGUCUACCGUUCUGUGAUCCUCGCGUUAACGAACUUGCGGAGCGCAGCCAGCUUGUUACUAAUUGCAAAGAUGCCAACGGGCUCGAUUACCCCCUCGGAUUUUACGGCUGCAAUGUCGGCAGGACUGCCAUCAUCGUCUGUUCUCCGUCAGGUGAAUGGGUCAAGUCGUCUGAGUGUGGCCCUGGUGGCCAGUGCAAAUACAAUCCCACCAACUGGCUGCCGUUCUGUGAUCCUCGCGUCAAAGAGGUUGCGGAAGGCAACCAGCUUGAUGCCACCUCAACACCAGUACCACCACAGAAGGUAUCUGAACUCGACUUUGGAGCUGCACAGACCGAUUGUGAACACAAAGGUAUCAAGUAUCGGCCGGGCACCCUUGGCUGCGGCAACAACGGUAGCGGCAUCUUUGAAUGUGCUGGAUAUGGUCAAUGGGUGUUAUGGAUAUUCUGCGGCAAGGCAAACUACUGUAAGCAAGGUGUCGGGCUCAACAUUCCCUACUGCGACUGCCCCAAGUCUGAAGCGGAGGAAGAUACUACCAAGCGAGAGGAACCUACUCGGCUUCUAGAUCCUCCCGAUGUGGAACCCAAGUCAGAGGUUAGCAAUGCCGCCGUCUAUUACUGCCAAGAUGGUCGUGGUGGUCGAGUUCCACCCGGAACGUAUUUGUGCGGAUGGGAGAACCGAGUCAUCUAUGUCUGUGACUGGGAUGGAAGAUGGAAAGCUAGCGGAGACUGUGGUAAGAAGGAUUGCUGUCGAAGUGCUCUUUGCACCUGCCCCGCCGAUUCAUUCCCUUACAUCAAGGAUGAAGACCUGCAAUCUAUCGACCUUCCUCCGGACUACAACGUUACCACCAAGCGAGAUGUCGAAUUGGGACCAUUCUGUGUGCCUCCUGGAUUCUCAGACGAAGACCACUGCCUCAACGUCUGUGGGCCACGAUAUCCACCUUGCUUUGCAUACUGUACAUGCAAGUCCACAGUUUGGCCUCUAGAGACUCGCAUUCCAAUCUUGCAACCUAAACCCGCAUCCACGGCCCUGCCGACGACACUGGUCAAGGUCAAUGGCCGAAACAAAAACGAUUUCCCAUUCUGCACUCCUCCAGGAUUCAGAGACGAGGACUCAUGUCUCAAUGUAUGCGGACCCCGCUAUCCACCUUGCUUCGCCUACUGCACUUGCAAGUCCAAGGUCUGGCCACUGAGUUCCCGCAACCCCACUGCGGCUCCUUCGUCAGUUCCGACCAAGCUUUCUGUUUGA